AUGACCACCGUGCCCUCGGGAGAGGCCAGAGCUGCCAGCAUCCCUACACAUGGUGACAGCAGGUCUACAGACAUCCCAACAGUGAGGUUCCAAAGUCAGGUCCCCCUCCUUGCAGGUGUCGCAGCAGCUCAUGGCUCUGCAGCGUCGGCUGAACAGCAGGAUGUAGAUCAGGCCUCCAGCAAGCCAGCCACCUUGGGGGCCACGUCAGCGUCUGGGGACAAGGACAAGCAUGAAGCUGCUGAGGGGCGUGCCCAGGAGCCCAAGAAGCCCACGGCCCUGCUUGCCCACCCAGCCCCCGGUGCCCUGCAAAGUCCCGCGGGCUUCCAGAACCUAGUGCAAAAAGUGUUGGUGCGGGAUUCGAGGAUGACACAGAAUCCUCAGAUUUUCCAACUUUACUCCCUGAUUAAGGAAGAGACACCACAAACAGCAGCCAUCCCAGACAGGGAGCAGGAACUAUCUCCAUCUACCUCAAGUGCUGAGGUACAGUUCCCCCCAAAUGUGGAGGCUCAGCCUGUCACUCAGGCAGAUGCCAACGACCAACUUGAUACUCAGGCUGCUGACAUUGCUGAAGCCGUUAAGGAGAAACUUGAGGGUCCAGAGGCCUUGAACCCUGACACUGGUGCUUUGCCAUCAGCCCCCACCUCGCCGAGCCCCCAAGUGGCAGCCCUGGGGAGGAGGCCCCCGGACUGCAUGGCCAGCGAGGAGAACAACUACAUGCGCUCCAUGACCAGCUUGCUGGGUGGGGGCGAGGGGUCCAUCAGCUCCCUGGCAGACAUCCUGGUGUGGUCUGACACCACCAUGGGCAUGGCCACGGGCAUCCUGGCCUCCGGCCACAGCUCCGUGUCAGACCUGCUGCACAGCACAGGGCCCAGCCUGCGCUCCAUCUCCAGCAUCCUGGGGAGCGCCAGCUCCGCCUUGUCUUCCAGGCUGGCGGUGGGGACCAACUCGGCUCUGCGCUUCAUCACCCACAUGCUGGAAUCAGUGGAGCAGAGGACCAUAGAGGGCAUCCACUCGGCCAUGCGUUACCUGACCAGUCAUCUCACCCCACGCUCGGCCCAUGCCGGCACCAACUUGAACUAG